CAAAACCUAAAUUAAUUCACUGAUCAUCUUCCUCUUCAUCUUUCCAAAGCGCCACCCUGCCCCCUUUACUUCUUUUACGGUGAAGCAACAUGCCACUGGUUGACGACAAUCGACAGUGGGCACUCUUUUCCGCUUGUCCUCUCGUUAUUAUCUUCCCCUCUCACCCUCUCUCCAUCCCUCUUUUUCUAGCUACUAUAGGCGGCGAAAGACAAGAACACCAAGGACCACUGACGAGCCUCAAUUACUGGAAGCAGCGCACAACGAAGGACAGAAGUAGCGGUGGUCAGCGCUGCCUCGACUCCUCUCUCUCUCAGAGGUCAGUGAAGCACCUCCGUCCAUCUCUUCCUCCCCUCUCUAAUUCCCCUUCGCUCCCUCUCUUUUCCUGUCUUCUCUGGCGAAAACUAGCAACUCUAGUGCUCAGACAAGGAGUAGUGACAAUGUAUGAGCAACACCUGCUAGAAAUGGCUCCAACCAGAAAGACCCUCAUGUCUCCAUUCUUUCUUUCUUCGGCAAGGUUUUGAACUUAAAGUUCAAGAUGUUGAAGAGUUGCCUAGAAGAAAAUUUUGGAUGAAGCUAUUUAUUUUAAAUGCUGUAUAUUUUUCAUUUUUUCUUUUUUUUUGCUUGUAAUAUUUGUACCACCCUCCACGUCUAGUGUGUGUGUAUAUAUAUAUAUAUAUAUAUAUAUAUAUAUAUAGAUAGAUAGAUAUAUAUAUGAAAUGAAUUUGGGAACCGUCUAAGGGGAGAGGAAUUGCGUGCUUAUUGUCGUAUAUUUCGAAACUUAUUCAUUUAGGGAUCAUGUCUAUAGAAUUUAAAUAAUAAGGAUAAAUAUCAUGAGCAUUUGACUUAACUAAUAACAUCAAGGUUAAGUAAAAUUUUAAAUUCUUGCAUGUUCCAACAACUUAAGCUUGUUCGUUCAUUAAUCAAGUUCUAUUUAAUCCAAAA